AUGGCUCGUGGAGGGUUCGGACGCCAGGAAGUGGAGACCAUCAGGGGUGGUGAAGGAGUCGGAGGAGGGAUUCGAUUGAAUUGGGGAGUUGAUGGGGGCUGGAUAGCCCAUGGCGAAGUCCACGGAUUGGGGGGCCGAUUGGUCACGGUGGAACGGGUUCGAUCGGCUGGCAUCUUCUUGGGUCGAUCCUUCGGAGUUGGGGAAGGACGAUGGGGACGACGGUAG